GGUGUGGUGAGUAUCGGUGUCCUGUCAAAUUGAAUUUUGUUUGCAAGCCGCUUUUGUGAAUUUUAUCUGUGAAGUUUCGUGAAAUUCAUCUGCAAAUUUGGUUCCUCCGCACUAAAUUACUAUCGUGAAGGCUACGUACAACCUUGGUGUGGAAUUGCACUGCAGGCAGCAAUAGCAACACAACUAGCUUAACAUGGCGGCUCAGAUUGUUGGUGUUUUCGAACCGGAACUGCAGGAGAAGAUUUCCAAUUCGAAAAUUCUUGUCGUGGGAGCUGGCGGAAUAGGAUGUGAAAUCUUGAAGAAUCUGGUCCUGUCCGGGUUCCAGGACAUCGAAAUUAUUGAUUUGGAUACCAUCGAUGUUAGUAACCUGAACCGGCAGUUUUUGUUCCACAAGGAACACGUUGGCAAGUCCAAGGCGAAUGUUGCCCGAGAGAGCGCCCUUAGCUUCAACCCGAAUGUAAAGAUUAAGGCGUAUCAUGACAGUAUUACAACUUCCAACUACGGGGUCAACUUUUUCCAGCAGUUCAAUUUGGUGUUGAACGCGCUCGAUAAUCGCGCCGCUCGUAAUCACGUCAAUCGACUUUGUCUGACGGCCGAUGUUCCGCUGAUUGAGUCGGGAACGGCCGGAUACAACGGUCAGGUGGAACUGAUCAAACGUGGAUUGACGCAAUGCUACGAGUGCACACCGAAGGCAGCUCAGAAAACGUUCCCCGGCUGCACCAUUCGGAACACACCGUCGGAACCAAUCCAUUGCAUCGUGUGGGCGAAGCAUCUUUUCAAUCAGCUGUUCGGAGAAAGCAAUGAAGAUGAGGACGUAUCUCCGGAUACUGCGGAUCCGGAAGCGGGAGCUGAGGCUGGGGAAAGCGCUCUAGCAGCUGAAGCCAAUGAGAAGGGAAACGUUGACCGUGUGAACACUCGAACCUGGGCUCAGCAGUGUGGAUAUGAUCCGGAGAAGAUAUUCAACAAGCUGUUCUACGACGACAUUAACUACUUGCUUAGUAUGUCCAACUUAUGGAAGAGCCGUACGCCUCCAAAUCCUGCCAAAUGGGACGCAUUGGAAGAGGAUGGUGAGGCAGCACCAACGGAUACCGUUCUGCGGGAUCAGAAAGUCCUUAGUUUGACCGAAUCAGCUAAAGUAUUCGGGGAAAGCAUCACCGCUCUGAAGAAAGAUUUCGAAAAACUUGCCGAAGGCGAUCACUUGGUCUGGGACAAAGAUGAUAAGCACGCGAUGGACUUUGUAGCAGCUUGCGCCAAUAUUCGUGCACAGAUUUUCAAUAUCCCACGAAAGAGCCGCUUCGAAGUCAAAUCCAUGGCGGGAAACAUCAUUCCAGCAAUCGCUACGACAAAUGCCAUCACGGCUGGAGUUGUGGUGAUGCACGCUUUCCGUGUUCUCAAAGGAGAGCUAGAUAAAUGCAAAUCAGUGUACAUGCGACUGCGGCCAAACGCUCGCAAUCAACUAUUCGUUCCGGAUCGUACGUUGAACCCACCGAAUCCCAAGUGCUACGUUUGCGCUGCUAAACCGGAAGUAACUCUAAAGGUAGAUACUAAGAAUGUCACCGUAAAGGAAUUGCGUGACGACAUUUUGAUCAAGGCACUGAAUAUGUUGAACCCAGACGUGAUUCUCGAUGGUAAGGGUACAAUUGUGAUCUCUUCGGAAGAAGGUGAAACUGAUUGCAAUAACGAUAAGAAACUGGAAGAUCUGCAAAUCGUUGAUGGAUGUGUUCUGAAAGUGGACGAUUUUGUUCAGAAUUACGAACUAACAGUUACAGUAAUCCACAAAGAUCCCGGUCGUGAUGAAUCCAGUUUCGACAUCGUUGCCGAUCCGGAUUCGCUCAAACCGAAAGAAGACGAAGACCAGAAAACGGAUGAUGCCCAACCGUCAACAUCCGGUCAGAAUGGUAAUUCGAAAGCUUCCACUUCCAACAAUGGAGCCGUGGACGACGAUGACGAUAUGUGCAUCGUUGAGGAAGAUGCCGAGAAGCCAAGUACCUCCGAUGCCGGUGCAGGCCCAAGCAGUUCCGGCUCCGAGAAGCGGAAGAUCGAAGAUAGCGAGGGGCCAUCGACGAAGAAAGCGCGCGUUUCCAACGACGACGAUGAUGACGAUUUGAUCGUCAUCAACUGAAGUGGCGCGCGCGGUGAAAUACGGUAAGAGUACACAUUGAUGUUUUAAUCCGUAGAUUUAUAAAAUCGUUUCGAUCGAAACUCGGUAUUGUAUCACUUAAGCUGGCAACUUCGCAAUUAAUCUCUAUAAUAAAUGUAUCCUGUAAAAUGUA